CUAAACUUGCAUCAUUUAAAGUGCAUUGAGCAGUUCUAAAGGAUAGUUUGAGUUCGUUGUUUUCAGUGGUUAUUUUUCGUCGUAAAAUGAAUUUGUGGAAAAUAGCAAGUUUCGCUAUUGCCGUAGACUUAGCGGUGUUAGUUUUAUCAGCUGACGUUCAGGCUAAAGACGAUGGGAAGAAAAUCGGAGAGUACAUUGCGAAUAUUACUAAGGCAUGCCUAUCAGAAGGAGAACCUUUCGGCGAUAUGCAGGAGAUAAUUGAAGAAGGUAAUCCAACGCAAAAUGAAAAAUGCGUCAUAGCCUGUAUCAUGACGAAUUGGGGAAUGUUGUCCGAGAAUGGAGAAUUUCAACCGGAUGGAGUCAGAGAGGUGCACAAAGCUAUACAAGCAUCCGAUCGUUAUUUGGAAAAAUAUAAAAACAUCGACGAAGUCAUCAUAGCUAAGUGUGGUUCAAUAGAUGAACCUGAAAAAUGUGAUAAAGGAUAUGCAUUAGCUGAAUGCUGUUUCAAGAUCUUUGCGGAAGCUCGCAGAUGAAUAUUUGCGGUUCUUAUUUCAUUUUGUAACCAUGAAAUUUCCUUUUUGUUUGAUUAAAUUACAUUUUUUGCAUUA